AUGGAGGAUGCGCUUCGCAAUGCUGCAGCCUUCCGGGUCGCAGGCGAAUGUCUUCAGCGGGAUAGAGAAAAUCAGAAAACCUCGCGAGAAUCAGCAAGAGGGCGAGAACUGCAGAAACAUGGUGCUGAUGUUUUCAAGACAAACGGAGAGGAACCUGAACUAAGCUUGGAAUUCUUUGAAGCUCCAGGUGCUGAUGUUGUGAAGUUGGAAGGAGGAAGUCACCUUGCACCGGUGGUGAGAGCGCUGACCAAUGCUGGCAUUGCCGUGAUGAGCCACAUUGGCCUAGAGCCUCAGAGAGCACUGCUGCAAGGAGGUUUUCGACUACAAGGCACCUCAGCCACAAGUGCCAUGGAAAUCAUCUCAGAUGCAAAGGAGUUGAGUGGUGCUGGUUGUGUGCUACUUGUUGUGGAGAUGGUCCCGGAGGAGGUACAGGCCUCCAUCUCUUGUCCCGUCAUCGGAAUUGGCGCUGGCGGCAAAGUCGCUGGCCAGGUCCUGGUGUGCGAUGAUAUGCUCGGCAUGCAUGGACCACCUUCCUUCGCCAAGAUGUUUGCCGACGUGGGGCGGGCCUCUGCCAUGGUGCGGAACCUGGGCAAACAACAGGCGUAUGAGACCUAUGUCAAAGAGGUUCGCAGCGGGCAGUUUCCUGGAGACAAGUAUUCUAGACAUAUGCCAGCAGAGGAGUUGCACAAGCUGCAGCAGCUCUUGCCGCAGGCUUCUUCGCACCGCACGCCAGGCAAGUUGCGGCAGGACAAGAUACACCAGCUGAAAGGUAGCUUUGGCUUUGAACUCCUGCAUGGGCGUUUGUUGCCAGUGUCACCGCCUGAGUUGUCCUCGUCCAAAGUCGUCACCGCCGGAGUUACUGUUUGGCUGGACGUUUGCAGGUUCGUGCCGACCAUGGGCAACCUUCAUGAAGGACACCUGGAGUUGGUCGACGCGGCGCUGCAACGAGCUGACGAGGCCAUCGUGUCCAUCUUUGUGAACCCAUCACAAUUUGCGUCUCACGAGGACCUGGAUACAUAUCCACGCACCCUUGAGGAGGACGUGCAGAAGCUGCGCGAGCGAGGGGCCACGGCGCUGUUCACGCCUUCAGCCAAUGAAAUGUAUCCAACUGGAAGUCCAGGUGGUACGAUGGUCGUGCCGCAUUUUGUAGAGGGCAAGAGCGAGGCUGCUGAUCGUCCUCAUUUUUUCACGGGUGUGGCAACAGUAUGUCUCAAGUUCUUCAACCUGGUACAGCCCGAUGUUGCAAUCUUCGGGCAGAAGGAUGCCAUGCAAUGUGUGGUCAUUGCAAGAAUGUUGGAGGACGCUUGUUGUGUUUGA